CCAUGCACUGUACACCAUCUCAGCUGUCCAUGAUGAUGAUGAUGAUGAUGCUGAUGAAGAGGGCACUGCAGCUGCUGCUCCUGCUGGUCCUCUGCUGCUCCCUGUGUGGAGCCAAGAGCCUCGGGGACGAUGGAGAGACACAGGAGGAGGUCAGUUCGGUGAGGGAGAAGAGGUGUGUCGACGACGUGGAGGAACGUCUGCAGCAAGAGUUGGAAAAGGCUGUGUCCAACCUCAAGACCCAACUGGAGGAGCAAAGGAAGAGAGAAAGAGUAGCAUUCGGGGCAUCAUUGGGAAGCAAGGGGGGAACUGGUCCCCAUAAUGCUGGCGUCACUCUGGUCUACACAAAUGUCUUCGCCAACGCUGGAGAAGCAUACAAUCCAAAAACAGGUAUCUUCACAGCACCCUUGAAAGGAGUCUACUACUUCAGCUUCUCCGGCCAUCAUCUUUCCUCAAGGUCCAUGGGCCUCCAGCUGAUGAAGAACGGUGUGCAAACGGUGACGGUGUACAACCAUGCGGCAGGAAACAGAUAUGAGACGGCCACCAACGGGAUGAACCUGCUGCUGGAGAAAGGGGACCAGGUGUACAUGAGGCUCCGAGAACACACCUGGAUCAUGGAUAACAUCAACGACCAUUCCACUUUUGUUGGCCAUUUGCUGUUUCCCUUGUGAAACAAACAUCUGUCUCUGUUUUCUUGGCUUCUGACGUGUAUAUGCCAUUAAACUCUAUUCAGUAUAAUGCAGAGGGACCACAAUGCAGAGGGACUGACAGAUCAUAAAAUAAAUCACAUACUGUAGUAUGCAUGAUGUCAUCCUUCUCAUAUUGUUUCCUUGCAAUACUUCAGGUGGUGGUUGUUGAGCUAAAUAUCAAUUCAUUCCAUAUUGUUUCUUUGCAAUACUUCAGGUGGUGGUUGUUGAGCUAAAUAUCAAUUCAUUCCAUAUUGUUUCUUUGCAAUAUUUCAGGUGGUGGCCGCAUCACCACCUAGGUGUGCAUUAUUUUUCCUGUUAUACGCACACCGUGUCGUCAAUUAUCCCUUACUUGUUUCUUUGCAAUACUUGGUGGUUGUUGAGCUAAAUACCAAUUAAUUCCUGCAUAUAUACACACUCUUUUCCAUUGAAAUGGCAACUCAUGUAAAAACACGUCAUUUUUAUGAGGUGUUGUACAAUGUUUGGCAUCCUUCAUGCAAUGUGCAUCUUUUUUCCCUGAGGACUGUUAAUUGUUU